GAAUGUUUGCUGUAGCUGAUUUCAGGCAAAUGUUUCUUGUGUCUACUCUAAGGAAGUGUGCUCAGACACUUGCCAUUUAUCUUCAGAGAUGAGUCUUGUUGAACCUGUCAGACAGACAACCUAGUUGUCACAUGUGAUCCAUCUACCCUUACAACAGUAAAAGCCAUUGACUUGGUCUGUUACAUUCCCAAACUUCAUUAAGAAAGUCAGUUUUAUUUUUUGUGUGUGGAUCUUUAGAAAGCUCAUUUGCAUCAUUUUGUUUCAGAAUGACAAAGACAAAGGAGGUUCUAGAGCUAUUUUAGAAUAGCUCAUCAUUCUGUUAAAGUGCUAUAGCUGAGAAAUCUGCUUCCUAAGUAUCUUUUCAGGCUAAUAAACCUUUCCUGAAGCUUCAUAAGCUGGUGGACUGUUUGGGUUUUCAGGGACAUUUUUGUCCGGUGCUUCUAACAAACUUUAACCAAAUACAAGAUGUUAUCAGGAUCUUUGUGUUUAGUGCUAACUGGGAUGCAUCAGCAUGCUAACAAGCCACAUGAAGAUUUUACUUAACGUCAGCAUGUCAGCUUGGUCAUUUUCAGCAUGUUUAAAAGCUGACGCCUCAGCUCUGCAGAGCCUCACCUCGUUUGAAAAGGUGCUUAUGUCAUGUGUGUGUCAGUUCACUAGCUGCUGUAUGGUGUUCUAGAGAAGAGGAGGAACACUUGAACCACGUGAUAGCUGACGGUUGCAGUGUUUUCACAUCUCCUUGUUUUCGGGCCUUUGAAAUGUAAACCAUGUGCCUUUGCUUUUGAUCAUUCAUAAAGUCGCUCAGUGGGAGGCUCGUGUCUCCGUAUAUCCCUCUUUAAGCUCAGCCAGGCCAGCCCUGUGACGUCAGCACAAGCCCCAGCUGCCUGCGUUGUCCUCGGAUUUUCCAUCCCACUAUGGUCUGCCUUAGCCUAUGAGGAGCCAGACAGGAAGGGGGAUUAAUUCUGCAGCUGCCCUGUUAUUGUGAGUGCUGGUUACAGCUCUGUGAUCUGAUAAGCGACUUAUGGAUGUUGCUUAGAUGAAGGCAGUACCUGCAGCUCCCAUCAGCCCCUGUUUCCAUUCACAAAUGGUGGAAGAUAAGGGAGGGGCUUUUAACUCUGGGACUUCAGUUUCCAUGAAUAGACUCUGGCUGCUUUGUCUGCUGAAAUAUUCAUCCUGCAUGAAUGAAUUAUGUAGAGAUCUUUCUUUAGUCACGACGAGCAGCUACAUAGGUACAUGCUAUAUUAUUCCCACUUGGCUAAGAGACUGAGGCACUACAAAGAGUCGAGAUUUGGGGAAAAAUGGUCCUGGUGAUAAUAAGUACCUCAGGGUAAAGUCGCUCGCUGAAACGUCUGAAUCCUCGUUUCUUUUUAGAAACUUGGUUCUGUAAGUGAAACCCUUUUGCUGCUGCUUGUCAUUCUUCUGCAUUUUAUAAUUUUAGAGAAGUUGACUUUUUUGUGUGGUUUGGCUGCCUUGGUUGUGCUGGCCUUAGACCAGUAUCACUGGCUCCAGGUAGCCUCCCCUUGUUUUUAUUCAAUACAUUUGUGGGAGCCUGAUGCUGCUGAGGCCACACGUUACUGAUCAUUCUCAAUCAUUGGGCUCAUCAGUUCCUUAUUCUGUAGCCUAGUCAAACCCAACAGGAUAUAUUGUACAGCUUGAGAUUUAUCGAUGGACCCCUGUGAAGGAUCAUGGAUCCAUUUGAUUCAUCACUGCAUACUUAAUGAUGCUGAAGGCACUGACCAGAUAAAAAUUAAACAUGGACAUUUUAGAGGUUUUCUUCAGUGUUGAUUAGUAGUGGGUACUUUUUUUUAACAGAAUGUAAGCAGCAUGAUAUUACUAAGUGACCUUUAUGUCAGGUCUGUGACUGACUAGCAGGUCAUUAUUUUUUCUGUCAUUGCAGCCAUUAGCUACAGUUAAGGUCUUGAUUGUUCUGACAGGCUAUGCAGCAAUACUAUUUGCUCCUCCAGCAUUUCUUCCUCAUCUGAGCUCUUUGGGUGUUAUGUUUAUUUUUAACCUGCUUUUUUUGUUUGAUCAAUGUUUCAAAAAAAGUUUAAAUACUAACAAGUUUGAAAGGAUAAAAUGAAAAGAAACAUAGAAUACAAAAGCGCAUUAGCUAUUAUUUACAGAUGCACAUAUGUGUCAUAGGGAUGUUCCAGCAGAUGUAUAGUUAUGAUAAUAGCAGUUAGGGGUAUGUCUUGGUGACGUGAUAUGUAUCACAAUUAGGGUUUUCACGGUGUGAAAAUUUUACCUCACGGUUAUUGUGACCAAAAUUACCACGGUUUUCGGUAUUAUUGCGGUAUUUUUUUUAAACGUGCUACAUUUUCACACAAUUAAAUAAACCCUGUAUGUCAGGAAAUAUUGUCCUCAGUUUGUGUCUAAAUUUUGCCUAAAAUGUGUUAUUUUGUAAUUAUGUUGUUUAUUUGUUUACUUUUUUCCCUUUAAUCUUUAAAAUACCAAUAUUUGCCCAUAACUUCUUAUUUUAUGUCUGUUUGAUGUCAUCAUUUAAAAAUAUUAGAUCAGAUGAUACUCAGUACUCAAGUAGCCUUCUAAUCAGAUACUUUUUUACCCUUACUUGAGUAAUAAACCCUAUAUCAGGAAAAUAUUGUCCUCGGUUUGUGUCCUUCCAGUGAGCUUUGCAGAUGUGGGAAAAUGUCAUCAGGCAGUAAUCAUUGUUAAAUUCAUAAUUAUUCUCUGAGAGGCCAACUCUUAUCUGCCCCUGGGAGCCCCGUAAUGCAUAGCGUCAUUUCAGUAUGGGGGUGUCCGCGACACGGUUUAUAUGCAGGUUGCGGCGCUGCGGCUGCUUUAUAUAGCGACUCAUUGCAUUCUCCCUCAACCCAAAUCCUCAGCUCACGCAUUUUAGCUAAAACGCUAACACUAACUUGCCUUGCGUUGACUGUAGAGUUGUGGGUGAUGGUCAUGCAGAUGUGUCAUCAGAUUUGAAUCGUUGUUACCUUUCACAGACACUUUUUCUGCACGUGCUGCAAACAGGACUUCUAUUAACUGUCCCUCGGCAUUCUUCAAAUAUCCAAAAGAUGCCCAUACUUCAGACUUUGUCUUCUUUGAGGGAUAAAAAAUGUCCUGCUGAGCGCUGCCGUCUCCUCCUUUGGCCAUUAUUUCAGCUUUAGCUUCAAGAAAGUUUUGGUUGUAAACAACAAAGUGCGCAUGUGCCGCCGGCAACUUCAGCAGAUGAUACGGUGGCUGGUAAGGGUCACCGCGUCUACACCGCAGCCAUGGUAAUCCACCGAGAUAAUAUAGUUUUUUUAAAAACAAGACGGUUAUUAUUAUUGUCAACUUUUUUUUUUUUACCGGGAUUUGCCGCUACACCGGUUGCCGUGACAACCCUAAUCACAAUGCAGAGGAGAUGAUACGAUAUAUUGUGAUAACUAAAGCCAGAUGAUAUUUGCAAAUUUUAAGUCUGAAUUUAACUGGAAAACUCAGCAUUUUUUUCACAAAUGUAUAAGUUUUUAAGGUAUUUAAAUCACAAUCCCUGCUACUUUCCAACGGACACCGCCAUGUUGGAUUUCUUUUUACCAAAUGCGUGCACCGCAUUGGUCUAAAGCGAUCAUGCGAGAGUCGCUUCACUACCUAGUCCUGAAUUACGAAUGAUCGAAAUAAAACUGUAGGACUUUCAGAGGAGAAACUUUACUUUUGAAACCAGUACGAAUGUACGCCGAGUAUUUUUAUGGAGCAAAGAGCAAGUAGCCACAAGAGUUGGGAACCAGAUGAAACAAAGAUGGGGUUCACCUCACGGCCUUCUGGUUGUUCCCUCAGAAUGAAGGCAGGAAAAACUGCUGUCAUCUAGCAGUCAGACUUUGAAUUGCACAACACAAAAAUAGAGUUAAUGUUUGUAUAUACAUUUUAAAUUUUUUUUUUAAUUUAUGUACUUUUAUUUUCAGAGGAUAAACCUCUUGAGAUGAAACAUCUCAUUUUCAAGAGGGCCCUCAAUCAAUACAAUAGCAAAAUUGAAAGACAGCACAACAUCAGAUAGCUAAAUAGUCACAACAACAAAGAAAAAGACAUUGCCUUUACUGUUUUAUUCCUUUUUUCCCUUCUUUUUCCUUUCUCGUCAAAACCUUCAAAUACAGAUACUGUACACUGCUUUUAAAUACAUUCAAUCUCAUAACAUAAAUUAUAGCACUGUUUUGUUGUAUUGAUAUUUUCAUACAUCCCUAAUAACAGUGAUUUGUUUUAUGUACAGUGGUCCCUCGUUUAUCGCGGAGGCUUCAUUCUAAAAAUAACCUGCAAAAGGCGAAAUCCGCGAAGUAGCCAGCUUUAUUUUUUACAGUUAUUAUAGAUGUUUUGAGGCUGUGAAACCCCUCACUACACACGUUAAACACUUUCACAGACAGACGUUAACAUUUUCACUCUUUUCUUUGUUGUUUAAACAUGCUUGUUCAAAUAGCGACUGGAUCCUGACUCUGAUCGGUUCUUUUCUCAUCUAGUCUUGUCUGUCCCAAGUUAUGAUUGGUUCUUUUUUCCGUUCGCCUAUCUUUCUCAUUUUCAGAUUGGAUUUAUGUUGAUGUCAAUUUUUACCUUUUAUUUAUAGAAAAAAUCUGCAUAAAAGCGAGCUGCAAAAAGUGAACCGCAUUAUAGCGAGGUACAACUGUAGGCAAGGCAAGGAAGCUUUAUUUAGAGCACAUUUCAAACACAGAGGCAAUUCAAUGUGCUUUACAAUGAUCAUAUACUGCAGUUGACACACAGUAGUAAGCAAGGUCUGCAAUGCUAAGUAGGGUUGCAACGAUUAUAAAAUUUCGUGGUAAGAUUAUAGUGUGAGAUUUCACGAUUACUUCGAUUAUUUCACAUGGAUUGAUUUCACAACUGUAUAGCACAUAUAAAUCACAAAGACGUUAUAUAAAUGAUUAAUAAGACAUGAUUACAUUCUAUGAAAGGUUUUGAACCCCUGAAAUAUUUAUUGUUCCCUUUCAGAGAUUUAACUUAGAAAAAGUCACUCUACUACUGAUUUGCAAUGUUGAUGUUUUACUUCCACAAAUAACACAAGCCUGAAGGAGUUCUGCUCUGUGGUGCCGUUUCCUGGACGCUAAAGCAACAACAGCUUUCCAUGCCGUGAGUCCAUGAAUGAAAUGCCAGUGUGAUGUAGAUAAGUCAAUAUUUUCAAAUCCUAGAGUUUCACUGUCUAUUUUCUAUCAGAAGUUAAUAGGUGUAGGAGACUAUUUUCAUGUUCAGCCUGCAUGAAAGACUCAGAGUGACAGAUUUUUAGAAAUAAUUAAUAACUCAUUUACUGCCAUUGAUGACAAAAAUUGUCAUUUUAAAUUCAACAGUUCUCUGCCAUUGACGACUAAAGUUGUCUAUUGCAUUUAUUUACGAGGCCGGCAUCGGAACGAGCCCCCGCACCUUGACUGUAAACAUCACGGCUCUAAAGCUGAUCUUCGCUCAUUUGUGUCACACGUCACAUGAUCAGGAUGCAGAAAAUCCAUGAAUUAGGUGGAAACGGAGCAGUCCCGGUGGUUGUUGACGCUGGUUCUGCCGUGUCUGUUCGUUCAGUUUCACUUUUGCUUUGGUCCGCAAAUUUUUAUUUAUUUAUUUUUGCAGUGUUGGAGACGUCUUUUUGGUGGGUUAACUGCACACCGUGGUUAAUAGUCAAACCGGUUAAUCCUUGCAACCCUACAAAUAGGGGAAGGCCAAUAUGACUAACUCAAGCCAUUUCUGACAGUUUUUCUCCCCUGUUCAGUGCCAUGUCCAAAAUCCAUGCCCUCCUCUUCCCAUUGUUCCACUGGUCCAAAUAUCAGCUGACACAAGCAUUAAUCUUGACAUUGGGUCUGCAUCCAAAUGCAUUACAACCCUUGGUGGCAUUGAUCCUUCCUUUAGAGGCUUCCCCUUCAAAGCUGUCUGUCGCUCCAGAGCGGUUUUUAGCAGUUUGUUUUUCUGUAGUAGUUCGUUUGGCCUAAUUUAGUACGGAUUAAGAAUUAUGUCCACAGUGAUCAUCUCCAGUGUGCUAUUUUUGCUCUGAUGCUAGUGUGAAGUCGUGACACACCUGUAAUUAGUGCAGCUAGAGGAGGGGAAAAUGCAGUGUCCACUGGGAACUACUAGGUGCAUUUCUUACUGGAACAUCUGCAGCAGCAUAUCAUUACUGUAUACACAGAUUAUUGGGCUAGAGAUCAGAUCUGAAUAUAAGAGAAGGGACAAUUUGGGAAAGUGCUUGAAAAAAAGCCAUAUUAAAUACUUUACCAUUUUUCACAUAUAGAUUUGUAAUAUUAGGUAAACUUGAAGUUGCAAUAGUAUUUAAUAGUGCAAUGAUAGUAUCACCUGCAAUCACACCCGUGUGCUGUCUUUAUUUAUUCUGAGCUUUGAGAGGACUGCAGGUCCAUCUGAUUGCAUUCAUCAACUUUGUGUCUGUAAGUUUGAAACCCUUUGAAUCGAUGUUACACACAUUGAUUUUGCAACAUUGAUAGACUUUUGAUAAAUUGUGCGGUCAUUAAAAUUUGAUUACAGAUAUUAAUGUUAGCCAAAAUUGUGAGUAGGAUAGUAUUUGCACUAUUGGACCACUUCUGGGCUUUCAUUCUGUGUUUGCUCACAAAUCCAAUCGAAGAGUCCUACGUGUAGCCUUUAAUUGGAUUAGGUUUGCAGAAAUAGUUACUGCAGCAAACGCCUGGUCACCUUUUGAAGGUUUUGGCAGCAUUAAAAACACAAAACUAAUUUUAAAAUCAAACUAGAGAUAUUUUUACUUUUUAACUGGUACAAAAAGAACAAACCAAUUUUUACUAGAGUCAAGGGGAUGAGCAAGAGGAUUACUUGUGAUCAAACAAAACAUAUGCAAGUAGUAUCUGAUUUAAUGGAGGUUUUUGCAUGAAUCUUACCAUCCAAGUUCCAUCAGGAGGUGGUGCAUUGCACUAAAUGUUAAACUACCUGCAUUACCAGUUGAACAAUAUCAUCUGCAACUGUUGUGUAUCCAGUAGAUGGCACACACAGUCUUUCUUAAAUAAUUAAUUAAAUGGUGGCAACCUUAAAGUGCUUGACGACAAAUACUUUUAUUUGCCCGGUGCUUUUGACAAACAACCAAGCUCAGGAAGGCAUUAGCCCUUCCUCCUGCAGGUUGACUCCACCCCCGCUGUCUUGUACUGCUGUGUACUAAAGUUAGUCCCUAUUCUGCUUCAGAGCCUCGGUCUGCUUGCAGUAAUGGCACUUGAAAUAUUUCUCUUCUUACUGUAGGUUCUCAGGCUAGCUGUGAAUGCAGCUUUUGGCUUUUUUUUAAUGCAAUACUAAAUCUGGAAGGGAUUUUGUUUUUAUACCUGCUAUAGUCGUGGGAUGUUACACUACUUUUGUAAAAGCAAAUCUCCAGCCAAAUCUUGAGGCACCAACAAGGAGGUUUGUUGUCAUGCUGGAAAUGCCAGAAGCCCCUACACAGGUUGAGGAGGCAGGAUAUGAAAAGACUGAGGACACAUCAGAGAAGACAUCUUUGGCUGACCAAGAAGAUGCUCGAAAGAUAUGCCUCAACCAGCCACAGUUCACAAAGUUUUGCAGCAAUCGAGUCAGCACAGCCAAAUAUAACGCCCUCACCUUCCUUCCUCGAUUCCUCUACUCACAGUUCAGGAGGGCAGCCAACGCCUUCUUUCUCUUCAUUGCACUCCUGCAGCAAAUCCCAGACGUGUCUCCUACCGGCCGCUGGACCACACUGGUGCCGUUGCUCUUCAUCCUGGUGGUGGCUGCAGUCAAAGAGAUCAUUGAAGAUCUGAAACGCCACAAUGCUGACAACGUUGUCAACAAAAAGGAAUGUCAAGUGCUGAGGAAUGGUGCCUGGGAGAUCGUACACUGGGAGAAGGUGGCUGUGGGGGAAGUAGUCAGAGCUGCAAACGGGGAUCACCUCCCGGCUGACCUCGUCAUUCUGUCAUCCAGUGAACCUCAGGGUAUGUGUUAUAUUGAAACAUCUAAUCUGGAUGGAGAGACCAACCUUAAAAUCCGACAGGGUCUCCAGGUGACUUCAGACAUAAAGGAGAUUGACAACCUGAUGCAUCUCUCUGGGCGGAUGGAAUGCGAAAGCCCAAACCGCCACUUGUAUGAGUUUGUUGGGAACAUCCGCCUGGAUGGACACAGCACAGUACCUUUGGGUCCUGACCAGAUCUUACUGAGAGGAGCCCAGCUGAGGAACACACAGUGGGUCCAUGGUGUGGUGGUCUACACAGGACAUGACACAAAGCUCAUGCAGAAUUCUACACGUCCUCCUCUCAAGCUGUCCAACGUGGAGCGCAUCACAAACUUCCAGAUCUUGGUGCUUUUUGGCUGCUUGCUAGCCAUUUCUCUGGUCUGCUCUAUUGGCCAAACCAUCUGGAAGUACCAAUUUGGCAAUGACGCCUGGUACAUGGAUCUGAACUAUGGCGGUGCGGCUAACUUUGGCCUCAACUUCCUAACGUUCAUUAUCCUUUUCAACAAUUUGAUUCCCAUCAGUCUUCUGGUCACACUGGAGGUGAUCAAAUUCAUCCAAGCCUUUUUCAUCAACUGGGAUACUGAUAUGGUUUAUGAACCCACAAGCACUCCUGCAAUGGCCCGCACGUCCAACCUGAAUGAAGAAUUAGGCCAGGUGAAGUACAUUUUCUCUGACAAGACAGGAACGCUGACCUGCAACGUGAUGCAGUUUAAGAAGUGCACCAUCGCCGGUGUGGCCUACGGUCACGUCCCUGAGGCUGAGGAGGGUAGUUUUGCAGAGGACGACUGGCUCAGCACACACUCGGAUGAGGCUGGAUUUAAUGACCCAAGCUUACUGGAAAACCUCCAGAGUCAUCACCCUACAGCUGCUGUUAUCCAGGAGUUCAUGACCAUGAUGGCCAUCUGUCACACUGCAGUCCCGGAGCGCACGGAUGGGAAAAUUACCUACCAGGCUGCAUCUCCAGAUGAAGGAGCUCUGGUAAGAGCUGCUCGAAACCUUGGCUUUGUGUUUUCUGGACGAACCCCGGACAGUGUGAUUGUGGAAAUACUCCGAACGGAAGAAAGGUAUGAGCUGCUUCAUGUGCUGGAGUUUACAAGCGUGAGGAAGAGGAUGUCCGUCAUCAUGCGCACCCCAUCUGGGAAGAUCCGCCUCUACUGCAAAGGAGCUGACACGGUGAUCUAUGAGCGUCUGGCAGACAGCUCCAGGUACAAGGAGAUCACAUUAAAGCACCUGGAGCAGUUUGCCACGGAGGGACUGCGCACUCUGUGUUUUGCUGUGGCAGACAUCAGCGAGUCGUCCUAUCAGCACUGGCAGGAGAUCUACCUCAGAGCUAGCACCUCCCUUCAGAACCGAGCCCUGAAACUGGAGGAGAGCUACGAACUGAUAGAGAAGAACCUGCAGCUUCUGGGUGCCACGGCGAUCGAAGACAAGCUCCAAGAUAAGGUACCUGAGACCAUAGAGACGCUAAUGAAGGCUGACAUUAAGAUCUGGAUCCUGACAGGAGACAAACAGGAAACAGCCAUCAAUAUUGGACAUUCCUGUAAACUGCUGACGAAGAACAUGGGCAUGCUUGUGAUCAACGAAGACAGUUUGGACGCAACAAGGGAAACACUCAGCCACCACUGUGGAAUGCUGGGAGAUGCCGUCUACAAGGAAAACGACUUUGCUCUCAUUAUUGAUGGGAAGAGUCUUAAAUACGCUCUGACGUUCGGAGUGCGGCAGUACUUCCUUGAUCUCGCCUUGUCCUGUAAAGCCGUCAUUUGCUGCAGAGUUUCUCCUCUUCAGAAGUCUGAGGUGGUUGAAAUGGUAAAGAAACAGGUGAAGGUGAUCACUUUGGCCAUUGGCGAUGGUGCAAAUGACGUAGGAAUGAUCCAGACAGCUCAUGUUGGUGUGGGAAUCUCAGGCAACGAGGGUUUGCAGGCAGCUAACUCCUCUGACUACUCCAUUGCUCAGUUCAAAUACUUGAAGAAUCUGCUGCUCGUCCACGGAGCAUGGAACUACAACCGUGUGGCCAAGUGCAUUUUGUACUGCUUCUACAAGAACAUUGUUCUCUACAUCAUUGAGAUUUGGUUUGCCUUCGUUAAUGGCUUCUCUGGACAGAUUCUGUUUGAACGUUGGUGUAUCGGCUUGUAUAAUGUGAUCUUCACUGCGUUACCCCCUCUCACCCUGGGAAUAUUUGAACGCUCUUGUAGGAAAGAGAAUAUGCUGAAAUACCCAGAACUCUAUAAAACCUCUCAGAAUGCAAUGGGUUUUAAUACCAAGGUCUUCUGGGCCCAUUGUCUGAACGGACUCUUCCACUCAGUCAUUCUCUUCUGGUUCCCCCUUAAAGCCUUCCAGCACGAUACAGUGUUUGGCAGCGGACAAACUCCAGACUAUCUCCUGUUAGGCAACAUGGUUUACACAUUUGUGGUCAUCACAGUUUGUCUUAAAGCUGGGGUUGAGACGUCAUCCUGGACCAUGUUCAGUCACAUUGCCAUCUGGGGAAGCAUCAUCCUCUGGGUGGUGUUUUUUCUUAUCUACUCCUCUCUGUGGCCAAUCAUAACGCUGGCACCCGACAUGUCAGGCGAGGCGACCAUGAUGUUCAGUUCGGGGGUUUUCUGGAUGGGUCUGUUCUUCAUCCCGGUCACUUCGCUGAUCUUCGACGUGGCCUACAAAGUGGUGAAGAAGGCAUGUUUUAAGACCCUGGUGGAUGAGGUGCAGGAGCUGGAGGCUUUAUCGAAAGACCCUGGAGCGGUGGUGCAUGGAAAAAGUUUGACGGAGAGGGCCCAGCUCCUGAAGAAUGUCUUCAAGAAGAGCACGGUCAGUCUGUACCGGUCUGAAUCCAUGCAGCAGAACCUGCUCCAUGGCUACGCCUUUUCUCAAGAUGAGAACGGAGUAGUGUCUCAGUCUGAGGUGAUCAGAGCGUACGACACAACCAAACAGAGGACCAACGAGUGGUGAGCUGCCGGCCUUCUUGUUCCUGGAUGAACAAACUGGAGCCGCAGCUUCUGUUUCCACCGGCAACAUUAGACUAAGUGAAGCGUCGAUACCAGAGUGUACUUCCGUCACUGAGGGAAGACGUGAGGCUACAUGAAGAAGGUGGCAUUGUGUGGUCUAUAAAACGAGCGGGGUGGGGUGGGGUGGGGGGGACGUGAAACAAAAUGUGUCCACUAUCAGCUGUAUGUGUUUGUCCAGCAAAAAUGAUGAGCACUGUGCGUCCGUAGCAUUCUGUGGUCUGAAGUUCUUCACUGUUCUCGCUCAGUUCGUCAGAGCCAACGUGUUCUUUUUACUGAAUGACUGCUUUUAGCACAGAGCCACAGCGCCUAACACCAUCGUCAGAAAUCACUCCUAAACACUGUUGUUACUGAAGUUUGAGCCCAGUUAGAAUAGUUUUGAGGAGCUGAAACUUGUCACAGAGAUUGCCAAAGAGCAGUCGUGCAAACAAUCGUCCAAGUACUAGUGAAUUUGGAAAUCUUUCAACUCGACUACAUGUAUUCCCGCACUGAGCAGACCACUUCAGAGCAAAUGUUUGUAAUGUUUUUAUUUUCUCUCUGCACCUAAGUGAGCAUCUCUUGUGUGAAGCCUUACAUUUGCUCAUGCCUUCAUCGUUGUAUUUUAUGUAUGUAGGUUUUGUGCCUGGUUUUAUUUCUUUAUUAAUGUUUUUUAAUCUUCCUCUUGCAACCACUUUUUACUUAGCAGCCAAAGCUUGGCCCUCCACUUGCAAACGCAUUCCACACACAUCCCUCCUGUUCCACGAUCACAGCGGUGCCUACCUGAAACAAUUCCCUCUUAGAAGACAAAAAGGGCCAAGUCUAGGUUUUAGUGCUACACGCAAACUCACAAAGACACAAUCACUGUCUCCUCACCACAGUAUUGCACUCCUACAGUGUUAAACACUCCAGAUUUGAUCCAGUAGAUGUGAAAACGAGGCUCUCCGAUGGUCUCGUGGAAGCUCACGGCGGUGGUAGCGUUUCCCUUCAAAUGGAGAUUUUUAUCCCUCUAACAUAAGUGCCAUUAGAUUAAGUGAGAGAAAUAUUAGCCAGGAAACUCCACGACAGUAUCAAAACUACUUUGUCUCUGUAGUUAUUUUGUGGAUUUGUAUUUUUAUAUUGGAGAUAUGACUUUUGCAUUGAUUGGCUUUGUAUUGAAAUGUCUGUAACUUGAUUUUCUUUUUCUUCCUCGGAUAAACUGGCAGGAUGGAAAAGAUGAGAUGCGGAAAUGAAGCUUUCCUAAAUGUCUUGUUAUUAUUAUUAAUAUUACUAUUGUUAACAGCUUGGUUUAUUUAUAUUUGACUACUUAGUGUUCGUAUGAUUGCUUUCUUCUCCCUAAGGGAGAUCAGGUUUCUGAUUGAGUGUGUGUGUCGGUUCAUAGCCUGCAUGUGCAUGUGCUGUAUGUGUGUGGAUGAGUGUGUUAUACCUCUACUGUUGAUAACUUCUCUGUAUGCACUGCAUGUCUGCGUCUUCUGUGGGAAACGAGGGGUUUAAGGAGCCUCAGUUGUGUAUCUGUUGUUGUGCGUGCUGAGAUGCUAGCUCAUGUUGUCCGUCUGCACGACUUCAGGUAUCGUUUUGAUUUAAAUAUGUGUGCAUGGCUCACGUUGGGAGAGUGAGACUGGUCUGUGUGUGUGUGUGUGUGUGUGUGUGUGUGUGUGUGUGUGUGUGUGUGUGUGUGUGUGUGUGUGUGUGUGUGUGUGUGUGUGUGUGUGUGUGUGUGUGUGUGUGUGUGUGUGUUGAGACUUGCAGCUUCAAGAGGGGGUGUUGCACAAUGCACUUGAUGUACUUUUCCAGUUGUGGAUAUCUGGUAUUAUCUAGUUUCUGUUUCUAAUUUCUAAAGGAUUCUACAGGUUUGUAACUUGUUUUCUUCAUGCGGUGUAUCUCUGCUUUAAAGGAAUGCUCUUCUCUGUUUUAUUUUUCUCUUUCUGCUUCUUACUAGUGUGAAAACGUAACUGUCAGAAAUUUCCAAACAGCUGAAUGUAAAUGUCGUCAUUGUGGGAGGCUUGGACUGUUGCUUUGGUUUGGUUUGGUUUCCAGAAACCAUGAAACGUUGUUGUCUGUGAAGGUCGUGGGCUGCAUGAAUGGAAAACACGAAGCAUUUUCUGAGGUGUUAAUCGUACUGCUUUGAGUCUCCCUCAAGUGUGGAUCACUUUGCAGCAGAGGAACAAAAAAAGCACCUUUAGCUUCUUUUUCUUUUUAAUAACUUGUUUCUUUUCUGUUCUUUGGUUCAAUGAUUGUUCUGCAUGUUGGGACUGCAAACGUAUAAGUGUUGUCUUUUACUGCCAUGAAGGACUACUGAAAUAAACUUUACAAUCAUGGAGGAACGA